UAUUCCGUCAGGUAAAAUAUAGAAUAGUAUAUGCCUGGCGAGGCUAGGAUCGUUCGCAGAAUAUUACACCACCUAUUUUUUUCGCUUUUAACAAUCGGUUACCAUGCCAGCCGCCACUGGAUCCGCUACAAAAAAGGCACCGUCCCUGAAGGGCUGGAUAACGAAAUUGAAGGAAAUUCAAUCAUCCUUCAAUGAUAUUUGGGAAUUUGUGGAACAAUUCCCGGAUGGAAGCACUAUCACUGAAAUCGAAGUCCGUUUGCAAAAACUCGAGGAAUUGUGGGAGAAAUUUGGGGAGACACUUGUCGAGAUUAAAUCACACGACGAUUUUCCACCCGAGAGUGGAGACGCCUACGACAAAGAGAGAAGAGAGUUCAGUAACCGUUAUUAUCGUGCAAAGCCGUUCCUGUUGGAGCGAAUUAAGGAACACCAAGCUCCUCCACUGUUGGAACAAUCCACCCAUGCAGAAAUCUGGCUAUUUCUGGGUGGGUGAGGAUGUUGGUGAUCAACAAGUUUCACCCCACACUUCAUCCCUGGUUGGAGUCAACUAUA